UUCCUCGUACAGUAAUAAUCAGUGAAGAAAUCCCCAUAGAAAAAAAUGGCCUAUUGUUUCAGCUUAACUUCAUCAAGAGAACGUUGCUACAGAUACUCCUUCUCAGCCCCGGGCUGAAAAUCCGCCACCACCGACCUCGCCGGCGGCACCGUCAUCCACUGCUGCCGGCCCAAAACCCACAACCCGAAAAAGCCCACCGUCGUCCUAAUCCACGGCAUCGGCGCCAACGCCAAGUGGCAGUGGGCCGACUUCGUCUCGCCGCUCUCCUCCAAAUCCAACGUCUACGUCCCCGAUCUGCUCUUCUUCGGCGACUCCUACACCGCCGCGCCGGACCGGAGCGAGUCCUUCCAGGCGCGGUGCCUGGUGCGGGCCCUGGCGGCGAUGGGCGUCCGCGGCGGGAUGCGGGUGGUCGGGCUGAGCUACGGCGGGUUCGUGGCGUACAGCAUGGCGGCGCAGUUCCCCGGCGCGGUGGAGAGGGUGGUGAUUGGGUGCGCAGGAGUUUGCCUGGAGGAGAAGGAUGUGGGGGAGGGGCUGUUCACGGUGAACACCGUCGAUGAAGCCGUCGGAAUAUUGCUGGCGCAGACGCCGGAGAAGCUGAGGGAGCUGAUGAAGCUUUCGUUCUAUAAACCUGUUAGGAAUGUGCCUUCUUGUUUUCUCUCCGAUUUUAUUCAUGUAAUGAAUACAGAAAACUUACAAGAAAGAAAAGAGUUGAUCUACGCAUUACAAAAGGAUAGAAAGCUUUCCGAUCUGCCUAAAAUCACUCAGCCCACGUUGAUAAUUUGGGGAGAACACGACAAGAUUUUCCCACUGGAAUUGGGUCAGAGAUUACUAAGACAUUUGGAAGACAACGCAGAGCUAGUUGUGUUAAAGAAUGCAGGGCAUGCAAUAAAUAUGGAGAAAACCAAGGAAUUAUACAAUCACUUGAAGUCUUUUGUUAUCGUCUCCGCCACUAAUACUAAUACUAAUACUAAUAUUAAUACUGAUACUGAGAAUUUGAGCAGCAAAAAUGCCUGCAAAGUUGAUUAAAAGUUAUAAACUGUCUGAAUAUUUUCGGUUUAAGUGGGGCCGCGUUUGUUGAAAUUCGGUUGUAUAUCGGAGAUUGACAAUCGAUACUAGUUUGUGGAACUCAUCAUGCAAUUGGGAAUACAUUGGAAGUAUCAAAUCAAGCAACUGUUUUUUGAGAUGAUCGUUGAAAAUUGAUGAAAGCUCAUUGGAGCUCGAUUCGAUUGCUUAUCGAGCUAAUUAAUUGAAAUACAACUUGUAAAGGUCGACAAAGAUUUAGACAAGCUUUAAUAACUAUUAUGCAUUUCGUUCGAUUUUAUUCGUUUAUAA